AUGUCAAUUAAGCUAGUUAUUGGAGGGUCUUCUUGGAAUAUUAUUAGUGCGCAUGCACCCUAUAUAGGCUUGGAUGAUGAAGAGAAGAAGAGAUUUUGGGAGGAUUUAAACGAGAUGGUGAGGAGUGUCCCUAGUAAUGAGAAGCUUUUCAUGGGAGGGGAUUUCAACGGGCACAUAGGGUCUUCUUCGAAAGGUUAUGAUGAUGUGCAUGGAGGACAUGGGUUCGGUGUAAUGAAUGUCGAAGGAGUUGCACUUUUGGAUUUUGCUUGGGCGUUUGGAUUGGUGGUAGUUAAUUCGAACUUUCCUAAGAAGGAGCUAGGGAGGUGUUGGGGGUCUCGAGAGGUCAUUCAAGCAAGCACCAAGGGGACUGGUGGUGGAACGAAGAGGAAGGAGAAGGUGGAGGACAAAAAGAGAGUGUAUGCAAAGUUGACGGAGACUAAGUACGAAAAAGAUAAAUGGAAGAAUAAAGAGGAAUAUAAGAUUGCUAAGCUAGAGGCAAAGUUAGCGGUCAUGAGGGCUAAGGAUAUUGCUUUCGAGAGUUUAUACACAUUAUUAGAUGAUAAAGGUGGGGAUAAAAAGUUGUACAGGGUCACCAAGGUUAGAGAGAGGGGGACUCAGGACCUGGAUCAGGUGAAGUGUAUUAAGGAUGUGGACGGGAAAGUUUUGGUGGAGGAGGGUCAUAUUAGGAAGAGAUGGCAGUUUUACUUUCAUAAGCUCCUGAACGAUGGAAAGAAACUAGCAUUGUGUUGGGGGAUUUAG